CUCAACAUGGCUCACAAGUUCCUCUGCUCCCUGCUCCUGAUCGCAGCCAUGUCUGCCGUUUCUGUUGCGGAGCCUACUAGGUUCCGCGGCCGAUCAUCACGCCUGCAGUUUGCCCGUCAGGAGCAGGCUCCAGAGGAUCAGGCUGCUCCGGCCGACCCUACCGCGGAUAUUGUACCCACUCCAGCCUCGGCCCCUUAUCCGCCAUCAGGAGUUACACCGGAGGUGCCCUUCGACCUGCCCACGGAAACCGAAGCGCAGCCUGAUCUAACCUACGGACCACCAGCUCAGCCCGACAACACCUACGGACCUCCGGAUAAUACCUAUGGACCUCCUGCCGAGCCCCAAAACACCUAUGGACCUCCAGCUGAUGGCCCAAUUGACCAGGCCCCUGUUGCGGAUCCUGUACCCGCCGGCUUGAUCCAGCCGCGUAACGAACGCCUUCGCAGUCGUCGUCCGACCUCGGAGAAGCUUCGAUCCGCUCAGGCCAUCCGCUCUGGAUCAGUGCUGGUGUACACAAUCUAA